AUGGCUGAGGCACACAGUAUUAAUACGGAGCACAAAGACUUAAUACACGAUGUUGCAUUUGACUACUAUGGAGAUAGAAUGGCAACAUGUUCUACAGAUCAAUUAGUUAAAAUUUGGGACCAAGAUAAAAAUGGUAAUUGGAAUUUGACAGCUAGUUGGAAGGCCCAUAGUGGAUCUGUUUGGAAAGUGACUUGGGCACAUCCAGAUUUUGGUCAAGUUAUAGCAACAUGUUCCUUUGACCGUACUGCAGCAAUUUGGGAAGAAGAAAAAGUCUCGGGAAAAAGUAAUGAAAAUGAAACAUUAUUGCGGGAUUGGAUGCGUAGAGCAAGCUUAGUUGAUUCCCGCACUUCUGUAACUGAUGUUAAGUUUGGUCCAAUAUCUUUUGGAUUCGUUUUAGCAACAUGCUCUGCUGACGGAAUCAUACGCAUUUAUAAAGCUCCAGAUCCAAUAAAUCUUGUUGAAUGGCAAUUGCAACAUGAAUUAUCAUUAAAAGCGCCAAGUAGCUGUCUCACAUGGAACCCUGUAUUAUCAACCAGUAUAAUGCCGAAUUUAAUGAUAGUUGUUGGUAGUGAUGACAAUUCCAAUACUACAAAUAGUAAAGUAUUUAUCUGUGGAUACAAUGAAGUCCGUGGUUCUCGUCGAUUGGUUAACACUAGUUCUGUAAUUUCUGUAACACAUCCAGUGCAUGAUAUUAUGUUUGCACCUAAUCUAGGACGAUCAUUUCAUUUGUUAGCAAUAGCUACAAAUAAUGUUCACAUAUUAAAAAUCAAACCAAUUGUUAAUGCUACAARAGGUUUCCCCUUUACUAUUGAAACUGCAGCUAAAUUUAAUGAUCAUUUAAGUACGGUCUGGCGUGUUGCAUGGAAUAUAACUGGUACUGUUUUAGCAUCAUCUGGCGAUGAUGGACAUGUGAGACUUUGGAAAUCAACAGUAGAUACCUGGAAAUGUGUUGGGGUAUUAAAACGUGAUGGAAAAUUGCCACAGCCACAAUCAAAUAAUAUCCAAUCAACUGCUCAAAACAAUUUAACAAGGUUCGUCAAACUUGGUCAAAUAACUCAUGCAAGUGAAGUUCAUUGGCAUUAA